AUGGCCCCAAUGUCGCAGGAAGAUAUUGAAUGGUUCAAGUCGACGUUCCAUCCUAUUCCGAAGCCUGAGCUGCCUGAUGAUUGCAUUGAGUACUCUAUUUAUUGCGUUGCCCAGGACACCCCGCCAGACCAAGAAGAUGAACUAGUGGCGUCCCGCGCAGAAUUGAGCAAGGUUCAAAAAGUAGCAUCUGAACUAGUUAAGAAGUAUUUGAAGGAUUAUAUAUGGCAGCGUGACAGCUUCAAGCUGGAGCUGGUAAAGGAAGAUGGGGUCAACCUUCUUCGCGGACGAACCGAGUACGGCGAUUCAAUUGAAGAUGAAUGGGUCAUUGUAUAUAUCCUGCGCGAGUUGACUCGCCAGUUUGACAAUCUCUGGGUGAAGGUAACUGACAGCGAUGGCGAAUUCUUGCUCGUUGAAGCCGCGGCAACGUUGCCGGCAUGGCUUGAACCAGAAGUUGCAAACAAUAGAGUCUGGAUUCACAAAGGCGAAUUGAUUAUAAUAAAACCAGGAACGACGAGGACAUCUAAAAAGAAAGUCACGGAGACAAUGACGUUCCGCGAUGCAAGGAAGGCUAUCCUCUCUGAACCAAGCAGGCUUAUGCGAUCACCGUCUAUCGAAGAAGAAGCGUUUUAUCGCUUACGAAAUUAUCCAGAUCAGAUCAACAAAAAUAUGCAUUCAUCGCUUGUCACCAUUCCCCGCACCAUUGCGCAUCUACUACGCCUUAAACCUGCUUAUGUCUCGCCCGCAGUUGAAGCCUUCUACGUUCGUGACCCGAUAUCGUUACGCGCCUUGCGAUCAAAAGAGCAGAGCCAACUUAUUUUAGACCCGGAGGACCUUGUGACAGUAAGCGUGAAGUUCACCAAAGUCGGUUUCGCCCAAUUGAAAAGCCAGGAUUUCGAUCCUCCAAAACAAUGGAAAGGGAAACUCCUGUUUGAUCCAGGAUCGAAAGAGUAUGCCCGCGCUGAAAUAGGAAUGAAAUUGGCUUGUGGCUUUGAAAUGCUAUUAUUUGACCCACAAAAUCAAGACAAAGCAAUAGUCAGAGAGAUUAAAUUGAUACUGGAGGAUAUUGAAACGGGCGAUGAAAAACUCCCAAACGAUGAAGAUAUUGAUAAAAACUGGGGUAAACAGGAGGACGAUGAAUCGUGGCUGGACAUUAAUUUUGAAGACUUGGAAAGAGAGCUCAAAGGGAGAAAAGGCGCUGACGGGGACACCAAGAUGGGUGACUUUGGUGACAAGGGUACCCAAGAGAAUCUUCAACGGAUAUGCCGGUUUCGAGGGAGCAGACUUUUCAACGAAUCGGAUGAUGGCGAAAUUGACGACGACGACGAAGAGGAAGAGGAACUGAGCAGCGACGGCGAAGACAAAGAGGCGUCAUUCGACGAGGAGGAAUUUUCAAAAAUGAUGCAGGAAAUGAUGGGAUUACCUUCGGGGGCUUCGAAGUUUGCGACUGGGUCGCGAGAAAAUGCACGGAUUGAGGAACUGGAGUCUAUUGAAGAGGAAGAUGAAAACGAUUCGAAUAGGCCGCUGAGAGAGGAAUUAUAUCAGAAGCGACAGGGAUUGAAAGGCAAAGAGCUUCGAUUUAGUGACGAAGAGGCAGAUGCAGAGGAAGUCGAGCCGCAAGAGGAUGAGCAUGAGCUGGAAGAGAUCGAAGAAUUGUCCAGGCAAAUGGAGGCCGAGCUGAAGAAGGCCGGAGUUCUGGACCCGAACCGAGCUCUUAGAGAAGAGUCAAAACAGAGAAGCAAAGCACUCAAAGGCAAAAGCCGCCUUCGAGACAUUGACGAUGAUCAAGAAGAAAACGACGAAGACUACGAUGACGGUUCUGACGUCAAUAUCAAUCUGGCUAGAAAUCUCCUUGAGAGUUUACGAAGCCAGGGUGGUAGCGCAGGGCCUGGAAGCAACCUCCUCGGGCUAAUGGGCAUGCAAAUUCCGAAAGACGAUCGUAGAUGA